AUGACGAUCAAGGCAUUGAAGACGGUGUCUACCGGCCGGAAUGGCCUCGGCGCCUUCAUCCUGCAAUGCAGGAAGAUGGACUUCCACUACUGCGACUGGGCCGGCAGCUCCAAGGGAAUGAACGGCUUCAUCAAGUCUCAGCUCCCCAAGUUCGCGGCCGCCAACCCCCAGAUCGAGUUCACCGUCUCCCCCCGUCCCUCGAAACACCCGGUCAUCGUCGGCCACUACAUCAACGGCCGCGAAAAGGCCAUCUGCGUGCGGAACAUGGAGCCCCUCGAAAUCCUUAAGAAGGCGGAGUUGCUGCGCGACGCCAGCGGAGAGAAGGUCAAGAGGGUGAACAAGCCGGUGACGAGCAUCAACCCUAGUGUCAGAGGCAUCUGGAGUCCUUACCACGGAAAGGGCAUGACUGUAUAA